ACCGAAAAGUACGCUUGCACAUUGUUUGUUAGAAUAAAGAGUGGCGGUAAUUUCUCGUAUUCUUCACGGUUUAGGAAUCGUGUUGUUGACGUGGCGACACAAAUUUACUUCACAUGUGUUUAUGAGACAACUGGCAAGCUGACCAUACCCAGCAACCCAACUUCAGAGCCUGAACUGACAAUUCGUACCUUGAUAGCAAGCCGCUUUAGCUGUCUAGCUUAGUGGUACCAGCUAGAGCUCUAGAGCUAGCAGGCAACAGUGUGAGAGCACAGUCAGUUGUAACGCGGCUAGCCCCAAGGCUAGCAUUUGCUAACCCAAGUCUAGAGAGGGAAAACAACUGUGCUUCGCAAUUCCACGAAGGAAUGAACCACAAAAGUAAGAAGAGAAUCAAAGAGGCGAAACGGAGUGCCCGACCCGAGCUCAAGGACUCCACAGACUGGAUAAAGCAUGACUACCACGAGACUUUUGAUCUCUCCCAUCGGACAGUAAAGGAUAAUGUGGAGCGUGUGGAUGCCCUGCGUCUCUCCGCGGAGGAGUUUAUCCAGCGUUACGAGCGGCCCUAUAAGCCCGUGGUGCUGCUGGGCGGCCAGGAGGGAUGGGCCGCCAAGGACAAGUGGACCCUGGAGAGGCUGAAGAGGAAGUACCGCAACCAGAAGUUCAAAUGCGGAGAGGACAACGAGGGAUACUCUGUGAAGAUGAAGAUGAAGUACUACAUCGAGUAUCUGGAGGGCACGCGUGACGACAGCCCGCUCUACAUCUUCGACAGCAGCUACGGCGAGCACGCCAAGCGGCGCAAGCUGCUGUCCGACUACCAGGUGCCCCUCUUCUUCCGAGACGACCUCUUCCAGUUUGCCGGGGAGAAGAGGAGGCCCCCCUACAGGUGGUUUGUGAUGGGCCCUGCCCGCUCUGGUACUGGCAUCCAUAUCGACCCCCUAGGGACCAGCGCAUGGAACGCCCUGGUAUCGGGGCACAAGAGGUGGUGUCUGUUUCCCACCAACACACCCAGAGAACUCAUCAAGGUGACUCGCGAGGAGGGUGGUGCACAGCAGGACGAGGCCAUCACCUGGUUCAACGUGAUCUACCCUCGAACACAGCAGCCCAGCUGGCCAGCAGACUUCAGGCCCCUGGAGAUACUGCAGCGACCUGGGGAAACCGUCUUCGUACCAGGUGGGUGGUGGCACGUGGUCCUGAAUAUGGACACGACCAUCGCGGUGACCCAGAACUUUGCCAGCACCACGAACUUCCCCAUCGUCUGGCACAAGACCGUGCGAGGACGACCCAAACUCUCACGCAAGUGGUACCGUAUCCUGAAGACGGAGCGUCCUGACUUGGCGGCCAUGGCUGAUAAGGUGGAUCUUCAGGAGUCCACCGGCAUCGCAUCCGACUCCUCGUCAGACUCCUCAUCAUCCUCGUCCUCAUCCUCAUCAGACUCCGACUCAGAGGCGUCGCAUUCUGAGGGUGACCCGAUGACGUCCCACCGCCGCAAGAAGCGUCGCACCUCCAGCAUGGUUGCCAACGGUGACGCCAUCUCCCCUCAGGACGACUGCGUCAGCAAGGAGCGCAGCUCCUCUCGGUGACAUCAUCACCGGCGGCGUCCCCGGCAGCGCCACUCCACCUCAACCCUGCCACCUUCCUCCACCUCAGUCCAGCGCACCCCCCACCCCUCCUUUCUCCCUUCCUUAAAGGGCCGAUUUACCAGUCUUACCUGCUUCCUCGUUUCCUCUGCCUGUACGUCUUGUACACCAUGUCCCAUCAUACCCCACACAUACACACACACACACCUCGUCUCUUUGUUCUCCCUCAUCCCCAUUCUUAUUGUAAACAUCCAACGUACGUCUAUUUUCGAUCUAUGAUCUAUGUCUGUUCUCCUCUUCUCCUUCUCCUCCUCCUCAUCCCUCGUUUUCUUUCUCCUCUUCUCUUACAUCCCAUGACCCUGCUCCCCAUCCCUUUCUUCUUCCUCAUCCACUAUUUGUGCUCUCGCUCCUCUCCUCCUCUGACUUUGUGUUUUUUCUUUGCCGCACUGCCAAGCAUCCCCUUUGCCUCUCUACUCACACCCCACCCCCACCCACCUGCGUUGACCACCAUGCUGUGACCCACAGGAAGUGAUGUAAUACUCCUCGACAGACAGCAGAAGAGCUGUUUCCUGUGAGGUCAUCCGCUCCAGGACAGCAUCAUCUUCCUUCGACUCCACACAUACAUACACACACACAUACACAUACACACACACAUACACACACACACAUACGCACACACAUACACACACACACGCACACAC